GAUACCCCUAGGUUCACUUUUUAUAUAUAUAAAAACCUAACAGCCGAAUCUUAUUGCCAUAUUUACCAGUCGAAACCUAUGUUCAUUGGCUUCAAUAAUAUGCUUUGUCUGCAUUGCAGUAUAGAGUCAAUCCGCCAUAUGGCCGUCCGGAUCGUUCGUACGGAGACUUGCCUAAUGAGGAGAACUCGCGCCACCCGAUGAUUCACGUCUCAGACCAACCACCUGAAAUUCUCGAAUAUAGUGCAUUCCCAAUCCCACGUCCUUUGUUUCAUUUCGCAGAACCUGCAGCAAUAUUCUGAUCACAUCAGUUUCGGGAUCAGACGACGUUCGAAGAAUCUUAGCUCAAAUCAUGUCUCCCAUGCAACAAGUCGCUAAGCUCGUCCCGCAAGAAACCGUGUUCUUCCUUUGUGAUGUGCAAACCCGGUUUCGGGAAGCAAUUUAUGGUUUCGAUGCCCUCAUCUUGACUGCAAACAAGAUGCUCAAAGUAGCGAAGAAUAUGGAUAUACCUGUCGUAGUGACUGAGCAAAAUCCAAAAGGUCUUGGUCCUACCGUGCCUGAGAUUGACGUCGCUUCCCUUGGAUCGCUCCAUGUUGCAACAAUCGACAAGACCCUUUUCUCCAUGGUCACGCCAGAAGUUAAAGAGCUACUUAAAGCUCGACCAAAUCUCAAGUCUGUAGUUCUGUUCGGAAUAGAAUCACAUGUCUGUGUGCUGCAGUCAGCUCUCGAUUUGGUAGAGGCUGGAUACAACGUCCAUGUCAUAGCGGACGGUGUGUCCAGCUGCAACAAGGAAGAAGUACCUUAUGCUCUCGCUAGAAUUCGUCAAUCAGGAGGUUAUAUAACCACGAGCGAGAGUGCAGCUUUCCAGUUACAACGAGAUUCCCACUCGACAACCUUCAAGCCCUUUUCCAAGAUUAUCAAGGACGAGAAGGAUAACACGAAGCAGGCUGUUCAGGUUCUCUUACAACAUCGAAGCGUCCUGUAGUGCCAGGUACUCAUUAGGUGAUGGUAUUUUUACUUUGCGCUCAUUUUAGAGCAUACUGCGCAUCUCGGGAUAUCGGUACAUGAGUGUACCUCGUAGUGUUAUCCGAACGGUGGUUGUACGAAUAAAUUUGUAUUAUGCCAUGCGAGUCGAACGCUUAUCCUUUACCUUCAAA